AACAGCUUCCCAACCGUGUCAAAAUGCUCAAAACGCGUCGCCUUUUGCCAACAUUCCAAAUUCGCCUUUCUGACCUACCCUUUUCCUAAAACCUUCACUUUCAUGGCACUCUUACUUAUCAUCACUGUACCCAUCGCUAAAUUGCACCACCUCGAUCGUUCUCCGUUCUAGUUGAACAUUAAAGUGCUAUAUGAUGAAAACCGCAAGUUACACCAACAAGAUAAACUUUUACACCGACGAAGAACUGCGGCUUGAGCCCAUUACUUUGACAGAGACAAGAUUGGACGCCGCGUACAAGCAAUUGAAUAUCCACGUUCCGGGAGCUGAAAAUCUCAUCAAGAUCACGAAACAACUUAAACACCAAGGUCUGCAAGCAUCCGAGAAGUCAAGUCUCAACAAAAUACUCAAUGGCGGCAAUGACCAUGAUAUCAACGUGUACCUGCGCACACAAAGCAACGAAGGGAUUAAAUUAAAAGGACUGCUACUUUUAGUAGCUUUGGCGCAUUUAUUCAACCUUCGUGUGCAUUAUUUUUCGACCAGGAAGCAUGCACGGAUCAUUAAUCCUUCCGGCAAGAAGAUAGUGGCCGUAUUACACCAUGUCGACUCGUAUUUAUGCACUUCUACACAAUGGUUCAGCUUAGAAGACACUCCUGACCACAAAGUGAGCUUAGGAAAAGAAGGGUUAUAUGUCAUAAUGUGAUAUCUUUUUGGAAGAGUAUGCCAUCUAAACGGUGAUUUCAUUUUACAGGUACCCAAAGAAAAACAAAACAAGCAAAAACCAUCUGCACCA